AUGAGCGACGUCGCCGAUCUAUGCCCCGCGAUCGACAGUGACAUGUCUGGGGUGUCUUUUGAGCCUGACUUCGAUGCCCCCGACGACUCCGACUCUAGGGACGCCUCAAAAUUAACCGGGCUGAGCACCCCGGAACCCACCUGUCUUCCCGAUGACUGUAGCGGGCGGUCAAAUCAUCCAAAACAACGCUGGAAAAGUUCUCGGGAGGUGCAUUUCGCUGCGGAUGGAGGUUGCUGGUGCCUGUCGGCACGAACCCUUUUCAUCAGGGCUUCUAUCCUCCAAAACCAGAGUCUCGCCAAUGCAUAUACCCAGGAAGUCAUCGGCCGUAGGAUCGUGAACACCGCUGAAGAUGUCGUUUUGACGGGGUUGAUAUUUGACCACGGAUGGAAGGUGUCAAUUCAGAACACCCCGGAAGCCGAAGUCACCAACAACAUUCCUCAGGACCACAGAUUUGUCUGGCAGAUACUUCACUGGGACCGGGGUAACUUUCGCACCUUUCUCGGGUACCUCUUUGCAUUCCCCGGCUAUAGAAAAAUGAUGCAGAGACACCCAUACACGACAUGGAAGAUGAUUGAGCGCCUCGCCCGCCCCAUUUGGGCCACCGUGUACGCAUGGGCUUGGCUUCGGACGUUGUUCACAGCGCCAUGGAUCGCCUUGGAUGGCCUUUGGAUGGAACGGAUGGCUUCCAACAUCGACACUUCCUCAAGCGAUACCCUUUUUGCGGCCGUCAAGUACCCGGAAGACGUGAUUGGGUUCCCUAAUAGCUUGUCCUGA